GAGAGAGAGGGGAGUUUGCAGGUUUGGGGCAGAGGGACAGACGGAGAGACAGACAGAGUGGAGUUUGCGGGUUUGAGGCAGAGGGACAGACGAAGAGACACGACACCAAUGGAGAGAUGCUGAGCGCAUGCUGACAUUACCAGCACAGAUCUGAAGAUCAGACAUCAGGUAGAUGAAUGAAUAAAUGAUGCUGUUAAGAAUGGUGCUGUUCCUGCUGUGUCUCCUGUGCACAUGUGUGUCAGUGGAGAGUGUGUCAGAGCUGUGUAAAGGUUCUCGCUGCUUAGAUUCGGGGGAGUCUAGACAAUGUUCAGGGUCACACUGUGGCUCGGGCCGAUCUUCCAGACCAACACGUCAACACAACCCAAUAACGCACAGCAGAUCUACACCAAGCCAGCAACACGGAGUUCUACACCUUUCUUCACAGGACAUGUCCGAGUCACACACAGCUUCUCAUUCUCACAGUCACACGAGGGAGAGGGUACUGGUUGCCGAGGCUGCAGAUCACACAUGCACCGGAGCAGAAUGUAUUACCACAAAAAGACCACCGCAGGCCAUUAAUGAUACACGUGAGUGUAGGGGGCUGGAGUGCAGACUGCCUUUAAGGAUCAGGACCAAGCCCAGAGUGAGGCCGUGCCCUCCAGACGGCUGCGGACCUGGCUCAGACAACGCUCCUGUGCAUGUUCCGGACAGAGCCGCUCAGUUUCUGGGGGAAUUUCCGGAUAUCGGAUAUCCUUCAUCGGAACUUGGAGGCGCACCGCUGGGAGUGCAGCUUACAUGUGACAUCAAACCAGGAGAAAAUGAAGUUCCAUCUGAAGAUGCCCUUGUCCUGCACCUGCAGCUCUCCAAAGGCCAGGAGAAGCUGGUGGAGGCUCUGCGGGCGCAGCAGUUAGUGAUUCGUGACCUACAGCAGCGUCUGGAGGAGCAGCAGGGAGCACUACUGGUCCAGCAACGCGAGAUCCUGGAGCAGCAGAGACUGAUGUACGAGCAGAUGGAUGUGGUGAGGGCGCAGUACGGUGUACUGUCUGAGACCGUCAAGCAGGUGUCCUUCCAGGGCCUGCAGGGGGAGCUGCAGAGUUAUUUGGAAAGCCAGCUGGCAGGUGUGCAAAGCCAAGCUCGCAGCCACCUGCAAAAGUCGUACACCAUGCAUAAAACUGACGCCAAGAUGAUGGACGUGACUAGAGACACGAACCAUGCUCUGCUUGGCUGUCGCAGCACAUGCGGCCCCGAAGAGUACUGCAAUUUUCAAACGCAGCCACCCCAGUGCCAACAGUGCACCAUGUGUCCCCCUGGGUUCUUUCUGGUUUCUCAAUGUUCACCGAACGCUGACAGGAUUUGCCAGGACAGAGACGAAUGCCUAGAAAUCCCAACCGUGUGUGGAGAGAGAGUGAAAUGCCUCAAUACACCAGGUGGCUUCCGGUGCUUGGGCGUGUCCGAAAGAGAUAUCUCUUCAGGCUUGUGUGGUCAUGAGUACUUCUACAAUCAAGAGCUCCAGGAGUGCCAGGCAUGUUCAGACUGUGAUGGGGAACACGUAGCUGUUUCCUGUAGUGCUGUGAGUGACGUUGUGUGUGGAGUAAUCUCAGAAAAUACGUUCUCUCAGUCCUGGUCCGCAUCGGUUACGUUACCCCAAGCUCGGUCAAAAAGCAGUGGUGUGUUCCCAGGUCUGCAGCUGAGUGUGAUGGGAAAAGAAGGAAGUGACCUUCUGGUCAGUCAUGACGGCUCCAUCAGGCUCCAUCAGCAUGGUCUACUCUGGCUGGAUCACAACUUUGCCUUGAAACACAGCUGCCGCAACUUUCUGCAGGUUGGUGUGAGGUUAAGUGGUGGGAGCGAAGAGGAAGGUCGUGACCUCAGUGGUGUACGGGUGGAACAGCCAGAAAGGAAGCACUUCCAGGGUGUGAGUGUGAGUGCAGCAGCUGAGGUGGAGCCCAACCAGACUCUGUGGCUGCUGCUCAAGAGCCCGAACCAGCACUGCAACCAGAGCAAAGAGCUGCAGCUGUACGAGCUUGGAUCUUCUGCAUUCAGCCUGAUGUGGCUGUCACAUGACACCGGAGCUGUCGCGAUGACCGCUCAGACGUCCACAGCUCCUCACUAUCAUGGAAACUAUCGGCCCUCCUUUCGCGUUGCUUCUAUCUCUGACCCCUAUGUAGUGGCCCUGACUCAUGACAACCGUGGAGUUCGUUUCACUGAGCGAGGCAUCAUCAAGUUCGUCCUGCAGCAGGCACUCUACGCCAUGGGCCACACAUGCGUCCGUGAAGGCUUCUCAUUGGUUGCCUACGUUAAUACAAAUGGGACCAACCAGGAAGUAAUGCGCUCGUUUAAGUCUGGCGUUAACUAUCGGGACACAUCCAUCACCUUGUCUGCUACUACCAUUGUGGACUCGGGUGACUGGUUAAACUUUGAGAUCCUCACUCCACCUCAGUGCAACGUCCGAUACUUCGGAGACAGCUCUGGAAUUAGCAUGCUCAGUCUGCUCUGGAUUCCAGCAGCCAUUUCCUCGUCCCUA